AUGAAUGACAUCUUAGGGUACCUUCAUUUCAGAGACUUCUUUGGCAUUCUCCAGCAGCAGAAGCCCAAUCAAGAGGAGCAGCAUCCGCCCCUCAGGCUGCUGUGCUGCUGUCUCCUUCUGCUGGUGCAGUUGCACGACUGGUACACCAUUCCUCCUGAUAGCCUCAAGGCUAUCCUAUCUCGCUUUCCCCUCGAGGAGGUGCAUGCAUGCAGGCAGUUGAUCCGUAUUGCAGCAAGGGCCGCCGAACAGCGCGAGCACGCGGAGGCAGCAGGAGCCAGAGCACCUUCAUCCGCUGAGGCAGAAGCUCUUCAGGAAAGACAUGCCCCUUUGCUUCAAGACAGUCCCUCGUCAAGGCCUGAUGAGGGCCCCUCCACAGAGCUGCAAAACGAAGCCAAUCAUCCGUAUACCUGCUUGUGGGCUUGCGGGGGGGAACCCUCGGGAGCACCCUCUGUAUCGCUCACUAAUGCGUGUGCAUUGGAUGCAGCCUUACGGAGGUUUACUGCCGAUGUUGCUGGCUUCGCCGCUGCCGCUGCUGCUGGUACCGCAGCAAAACACGCUUUUGUGGCCUCUGGCAUGAAGGCGUGGGGGCCCUUGCUGCCGCUACUCCUGCCUGUCCUUUAUCCUUCCCUGCCCACAGGUGCCUUUUUUGCUCCUCUAACGUCUGAAGCCGCCCCCGUAGGAACUCGCCGGAAGCACCCUUUGCAGCCGCAGCAGCAGCCACACGGGCAUAAACGACCUGGUACGAGCCAAAGAAAAUUCUCUACCUCAAAAAGCGGAAGCUCAGCUCCAGCGUCUAGUUGCCCCUCCCCAGCAUCCAGCGUGUCGGCGGCACACGCUGGAACCAAGCCGGCAACACAGUUAGCAACAACGCAGUCAGCACGAGCGACUCGCCAAGCAGCGCUGCAUCUUUGCGCGGAAGCUGUUUCUUGGCAGUGGCAAUACGCUUCAAAAAACUACCCGCCAGAGGGUUUAAACGAACGGGCAGGAGAUGCGCUCAGCAGGUUCUUGCUCGGAACCCCCUAUGCAGAGCCAGGCCUCAACCUGGCGAAGCCGUUCCUCGCCGUCAUUCUCAACAGCUCCUCUUCUGAGGAAGCGCUUGCUGCUGCCAGUCAGUGCAUCGAGGUGCUGAUAGAGCACCUGCGCUUCUCUUCGUUUUCAAUUGGAUCACCAUUUCCCCUCAUUUUGGGGUGCAUAGGCAGCUGCUCCCCUUCUUUGUCUACGCUUCUGGUUGCUUCUCUGUCCUCCCCAGACCUCCCUCUUCAUUCCUCGCCCGUAGCUGCUCUUCAGCUCGCAUUGGCCCCUUCCGCCGAGACGCUGCUGCAUGCGGCUGCGCGUAAGACGCUGUCGCUGGCUGCCCUUAGGGCCCCUCCGGGAGCUUUCUCCAGGGCAGACAACCCCCACGGACAUCAAGGGGCCCUCAAACCAGGCCUCUUGGGAGCCGUUCUCAGAAGGAAAGGGGGCCCCCCGCACCACAAGGCCGAAUUGCUGCUGAGCUACUACGUCUUCUGCUUUGACUAUGAGAAACAACAAACGCAGCGACUCUUGGCCGCAGCAGCUGCUGUUCCUGCUUCAUCAGCAGCGCCCGAUGCAUCAGGAGCUUCGCACGCGAGGGGAGGCGGAGACGUGCCAGUCCAGCUGACCGAAGAGACGGCUGUUGCGGAUGCCUUACUGCAUUUUUUAGAGGAAGCAGCCACAGAGGUGGUAGGGGAAGGGGGCCCUCCGUGCUCAGAGGUAGCGGCUGCUUUGGCCACUGAGCUCACCAAAGUGACGCCUUACGACCUGUGUGGAGCCACGUGGGGCGUUUUCGCUGUAGCUGAGAUUGUCGGCUUGAUAGAUCUGAACAAGGCGCAUGCACGGACAGCGUCCCGUCUGCGUGCAUCCCUGGCCCAUGCGACACUACUUGGGUUGCGGCAUUGCUGCCUUCGGGCAGAGAGGGGCCCCCAGAGGGAGGCCGAGGUGGGGGCCCUCACAAGCGCUUGCAGUCUCAUGCUGGGCGAGAGCCUUCGGCACCAGGACACGUGGGAAGAGCUGACGCAGCGCCUGGGGGUUUUGCUCUACAGUCAGGGGCUUGGGGGCCCCCCUCCUUUGGUGUCUGUUGGGCCGCCCCUCGUGGGCCCCCUCUCGUCAAGCGAAGAGAUACAUGCAGUUCUCAGAAGCCUCCUCCCGCGCACGCUGCCAGUUUCGCCCUUCCUGUCUCUUCGAGCCGCCAACCACUCGCUCUUCGCGUUCGUCUUUCAGGGGUUCCUUGAUGCUUGGCAGGCGUGGGGCCUUCAGACAACGCAGCCCCCCCUCCAGCAGCACGAGGAGAACGAGGCCGUCCGAGAGGUUCUCACCGCGCACAUCUCUUCAGCAGCGGCUUCUUUCACCGAUCUUUUGUCGCCUUUGAGCGACUCACCCCCGGAUCAUGUCGAAAGCUCCCGUGCUUCUUGCGGAUCGCUGUGGGAGGAGGGGCUCUCUGUCCCCUCAUACUGCGCCGGGGGCGAAGAGGUGGAGGCAAAGGAGGGAGAGGCCCAGGAGAGUGGCCCUGAUUUUCUGCUCUCUCUGCAGUGCCUGCUCUUCGUGUGUCAGUGCGGACGCGAAGCGUUUGCUGCCGCUCUGUGCUCUUCUCCUCGAGAGGUUCUGAAACAGCAAGGGCAGGGAGAGGGAGGAGGCUUCUUUGGACUUCCCUACGGGGGCCUCCAGCGGUGGAUGCAUCUCGUCGCUUCCUUUGCCACCUUCUUGGAAGGCCACACGGCACCUACUGCCAAAGUUCUCAUCCCUACUGUUUGGUCUCCUCUAGAUUACCCCACUGUGCUGCUUGCCCUGCAACGCCAUGCAUUUCCCAGCGUCGGGGCUGCCGCAGCGUCUCUCCUAGGCGGGAUAGAGGCUGCAGCAGCCGAACGGGAAGGCGUGGCCUGCAGCUGCUUGGCUUUGAUGCUCCUGUAUCUUGUCGCAAGAAUGCACAGUAUUCCCUACUUCAGGGGUGAGCUGUCUGUUACAUCUUUGGCGUUGGCAUGGCUAGUUUCAAGCCGAUUUUCACUGCUUGCGAAUCUGACUGUCUCAUAUGCUCUGCUCGCGGAAGCACUGUUUGUGCGGGGUCUUCUCGUUCUGUGCUGCUUCUCUGUCAGCCCCGCCUUGAGCCAUGGGAUGCUGCGGCUAUUCUCGGAGGCUCUGCAGUCUUGCCUGCCCGAGGCAUCCCUUCUUGAGGGCCCUCUGCCUCCUCUCACCCCUUCAGAGCUGCUGCCCUGCGAAAAUCUGCAUCCCGCUGCUCUCGCCGAAGCCGACUUGGCAGACCCCAUUUCCAGGGCAGCAGCAAGCCUUGCAUUAGAACCUUUCCCCCUUGCCACCUGGACCGCUGGAAAUCUCGCCUGCAAGCACGACACCCCGGACGCCUUUGAAUUGCGGGCUUGUUUGCAGUCUUCCGCAACGGCUGCGACUCUCGAGGCUGACUGUGAGGAGUUGCAGCUGUAUCUGGCAAGCGAACCUCUGGCUGGUGUUGCUGCCGCUGUGUGCUGCUUAAUCGAUGCUUUCUUUGAACGGCAUGGUGAAUCCCCCCCCAAGCCCUCUCGCAGCCUGGAUUGGAGCCCUGUUGCCGAGGACGUCCCUGCAGAGCUUCCGUUGAAGGCCGUUCCCGAGGUUCCCAGAUUUACAGAGGCCAUGCUUGAUGCGCACUACUUAUGCACCAUCCAAAAUCCUCUGAACCUCUUGCUCCACCUUCCCGCGGACGUGAUCCUGAAGCUGCUGACAGCAAACGUUUUGGCUGAAGUCAUCCUAACGCUCUUGCUAAAAUUAGAAACAUACGCUUACAUGGGGCCUCCGGCCCUUCCAGGGCGUCUACCCGAGCCAAUAGCAGCAGACGAAAUCGUACAGCUACAGGAAACAGCUGCCUUCCAGGUUGUGAUAGAGGCUUGUUGCUUUGCAGAAGACGAAGCAGUAUGGGAAUUGGUGGGAAGAUUUUUGGACCGGCAGGCGAACAGGAGACCUCAGAGCCUUGAUGCCCUCUUCGCCUCCGGCUUCUCCCUCGAAGCAGUCGAUCAGGUUUGUCGGUGCACGAAAGAAGUGCAACGUCUGUUGCCUCUUCUUUGCCGUUUGCUCCGGCAGAAUGCUGCCUUUUUCUGGGAAACAAAGUCUGAGGGAAGAGGGAAAGAUGCAACAUCAGAACAAGGGAAUACAGCUGGCACCCCCGUCUCGACGUUGCAAGAUGAUCCGAAGUCUGACCCGGCGGAUGGCGUACGGAUCAAGGCGCAUCAGACGGUUACUGUGCACCCGGCGUUGGCUCCAAUGAGUCGCGUAGAUCUCUGUCUCUUUUACCUCAAAUGUGUAGUCUGUGUUGCGUGCGACCUGAGAGACAACCGCCCAUAUCCUGGGGAGACUCGCGAAACUGAUCCAUCGUUCGCAUCAGAGAAUGCAAACGCUGUAUUCCUGGAGGCCAUCAAGCACUCCGAGUUUCACGAGUCACGCCCUUUAUGCGAGUUUGUCGCCGCUGCGGUGCCCAUCAUCUUCCCGCUGUUCUACACCUUUCCAAAGCUGGCGGCAUUGGUCAGCACCUUCCUCGCCCACAGAAAACUCUUGCGUCAUGAUGGCAAUUUAAAGGCCCCCUCAUUCGGCGCUCCUUGUUCACCACAAGGAGGCGGCACUUUUGUGACAAAGAAACGUGCAGAUGCUGUUUUAGAGAAGCUUGAGCAAGACCUAAGUCGCAUUAUUGAACUCGACUUAUGA